AUGGGAUAAAAGUUAUAUGCCACUUCUCUGCUGGAACGAAAGAAGAUUGGCGUACUGAUGCCGGUCAGUUUCCAUCUGAGGGACUAGGAGCAUCUCAUAAGAACUGGCCAAAUGAAAAAUGGGUGGACAUCAGAAAUAUUCAAGUUAGACGUAUAAUGAGAGAACGAAUUGAACUGGCAAAUCGCCGCCAUUGCGAUGGUGUUGAUCCGGAAAAUGUAAAUGGAUGGGAACAAAAUCAAGCAGGACUCCAUUUGACACCUAAUGAUCAAUUGGACUAUAACAGAUAUUUAGCUCACGUGGCACAUGCAAAUGGUUUAGCUGUAGGACUAAAGGACGAUGUAAGCCAACUUAAUCACUUGGUAGUCGAUUUUGACUUCGCCAUAAACGAAGCAUGUAUGGAUUCCCACACAUGUGACCUGUACAAACCAUUUUUUCGUGCAAGAAAGCCCGUAUUUCACGUCCAAUACGUGAAGUCUAUCAGAGAAGGUCACCAAAGGAAAGAAGAGAUAUGCUCAAACCGACCUCCUGACAUGAAUACUUUAAUCAAAGUUAAAAUGGAUAACUGGAAACUUGCUUGUUGAAAUUUUUGUCCAGUAAAAAGCGAGCAUGUUCGCAGUGUAUUUGUAAAUUGAAAUUGUCUGAUAA